CCGAGCGUCACGCUCAUGCGCGUUGCAACGCGCGCCCGCCGCGCAUGCGCCGGCGGGGCACAAAAGCCCCGCGGAGCCGCCGGCGCGCGGCCCCUCAUGGCCAAGCGGCGCGCGGAGCCGCUGAUGUGUCACGUGCCCGUGAAGCGGCUGCUGCGCGAGCCGGCGCUGCCCCGCGCGGGCGAGCGGCGCCCCCGGGGCGAGCCGGGCUGUGCGGGCCCGGCCGCGCCCAAGCGCCCGCUGGAGGAGGCGGAGGCGCCGCCGGGAAAGCGGCUCGGGCCCGGCGCCCCCCGUGCGCAGCCGGGGGACGCGGGCGGAGGGCGGCGGCGGCGCGGCGGGACCGCGGCGUCCCAGGACUUGCCAGCGGCGGAGGGACGCGCGGGCGGCCGGGCCAAAGAGCGGACCGUCGCCGGCGCCGAGCAAGAAGAAGAAUUCUGUCAAUAUAAUUCAUUCCUGUACUGGAGAGCACCACUGCCUGCUAUUGAUUUGUCUGAUAUUCAGAACCUAGAUGAAGAGACUCCAUCGGACGCUAAAACUGGUGAAAGGACUGAUACCACAGAGACCGAAAUGGAAACCUGAUCAGUUGUUUCAUAGCUGUGCAUCUGUUCCCAGGAAAUUUGUUUCCAUUGAGGUUCAGGUUGUGUUCCUUGAGUAAAUAAUAAGCAUGCUUAUGCCAUCUUGGAGAAACUGUUGUGGCAGUCUUUAAAAGCAAAUCUGAGUUGCCUUAGUGGAUGGAAUAAAUAGUAUUGGGUACUUAACAGUAAAGCUGUCUGAAGGUGUGCAGUAAGGAGGAGCCUACAGUGUCUAACAAGAAUACUUGAAAACAUGGAGGCAGACUAAAAGAAGAGUACAGAAAACUAUACAGAAUAUAGGGAUGCAGUUAAAACAAAUGGGGAUAUGUUACAUGUUGAAAGAAAAUACAAAAUCAUUUUGUCUGUCCUGGGCAAAAAAAAUGUGUGGUACCUGAAAAUGAAAUAUUUAACAUGUGAGUUUAUCAUAAAGCACACAAACUGUGUAUGUUUUUUUUCUGUAUAAUAGCUAAACCAAAAAAUAAGAGUCCAUCUGAAUUGGACAAAACAUUCCCUUUUUUAUGCAAACCAAAAACCAAGUGUGGCAGAGAAGGGGAAGGGAAGUGGGGGGCUACAUUCUGCUGAAAGCUGUUGCUGUUCUGAAAGGUUUCACAUUCUCAUUGUGAAAAAGUUUUCUUACCUUCCCUUUUUCACAUUACACACAGCAGUGGGCAUCGAGUUUUUUCUGGUUUUGGUUCAUUCUAAAGUAACUGCUAUUCUUAGUCUUUGUGAUGUUGCUCUGAACCCAUUGAUAACAUUUGAAUGACAGAUUGGGGCAGAUGUGUCAAGAAAAGUUAGUGCAAUAUAAAAUGACCACACACACUCUUUCAAACUUUACUGAAUGAGGUGUAGUUUUUGCAGAGACUGUGAAUUUUGCAGAAAGUUUUUGCAGAAGUUUGUUCAAAUAGUGUUUUUUUGCUGUGAAACAUGAACUUAAUGUUUGUGAUUUGCAAUUUAUUUACAAAUUGAAAUACAAUUAGAUGUCUUUAAUAAUAGAAGUUGUAUGGGAAGACUUACAUUUUGCGAAUAUGAUUUGUCUUUAAGGAUAGAAAACAGUGUAUUUUUUCUGUAAUCAUUAUGGAAAAAGGCAACUUUUGAAUUUUAUUUUUUUCUAAUAAUGUGUUUGCUAAAGGACAAUAAAGUUUGGCCUGUGUGUGUGUGAAAACUUUGGCCCUAUAACUA